CGAUGAACGAGAUACGUCACAGAAAAAUAGAUACGUGAUACGUGAUUAGAAUGGAAAUGAAAACGUAAUGGUAUCCGUUCAGUAUACUGAUAUGACCUACAUAUUCAUUCUGUAAUUGUUCGUGCAGAAAAUAGAUAAUAUUGUACAUGUGGGUAGAAACUACGUAGAAACAGAAACUGUAUGUGGGCGAUAUCAGAGAGUCGACUCGACUGAUUCGAUAAAAUUUCAUAGCAUAGCCGCAUAGCCACUCUAGUAAGGUUAUGAAAUCCACUAGUGCAAGAUAGUUCAGUUCACCGUUUUAUAAGAAUAUUUUUAUAGUUAUAAACGAACAAUUAUUAUUAAAAAUGAGUGAUGUGAGUGAUUGUGAUUCCAGCGAUGAUUUAAAUGAUACUCCAUCAGAUAUAAAUUUAGACGUAAAGGAGACAUACAGCACAUUAUUACGCCAGAAAACAAAAAGUAAAUAUGAAUUUUGUUACAAAAAGUUUAUGGAGUGGACACUGGUAAAUGGAAUAACAAAUAUAUCAGAAAAUAUUGUAACAGCCUACAUGAAAAAAAUGUCGAGCGAAAUCAAACCCUCAACUCUCUGGACAACAUAUUCAAUGUUGAAAACAAUGAUUAAUAUUAAAAAUAACAUUGAUAUUUCUACCUAUCCUAAAUUGCGCAACUUUCUGAAAUUACAAUCAAAUGGCUACAAAUCAAAGAAAUCUAAAAUUCUAACACCAGAACAAAUCAAAAAGUUUCUACUGGAAGCACCAGAUGUAGAAUAUUUAUUCACAAAAGUGGUAUUGAUUUUUGGAAUUUCUGGAGGAUGCCGUCGCCAAGAGUUAAAAAAUUUGAAGAUAAAUCAUGUUAGUGAUUUAGAAAAUGAAUUGCAUGUUAAAUUAGUUGAUACAAAACCGGACCGAAUAUUUGUAAUUCCUGGUAUGUUUUAUGAGGUGUGCAAAAAAUAUAUCCAGCUUAGACCACCAGAUAUGACGCAAUUUUUUGUUAAUUACCAGAAGGGAAAAUGUACUAAACAAGUAGUUGGGGUCAACAAAAUUGGUAAUCAGCCAAAAAUAAUCGCUGAAUAUUUAAAAUUACCUGAAUCGGAAUUAUAUACGGGACAUUGUUUCCGUCGUUCAAGGGUCACUAUCCUUGCAGACGCAGGAGACGAUACCUUAACAGUGAAUAAUUUCGGUGUCUGGAAAUCGACCGCAUCAUCAGUAAUGCAAACAUACAUUGAGCAUUCCUUAUUUAAAAAAAUAGAGAUUGCAAAUAUUGUUCGGUCGUUUGACACACAACCAGAAGCUGCACCAUCAACAUCAAAUCAAAAUAUUCAUCCAAAUUUAGUACAAUCAACCUCUUCUUAUAACAGCGUCACAGAAGAUAACUACGAAGAUAUAAAAAAAGAAACUGAAACAUAUGAAACAUCCAAUCAGAAUAAUAUUCUAACAAAUUUAUUACAAUCAACCUCUACUUAUAACAGUGUCACAGAAGAUAACUACGAAGAUUUCAAAAAAGAAACUGAAACUUAUGAAACAUCCAAUCAAAAUAUUCUUACAAAUUUAUUACAAUCAACUUCUACUUAUAACAGCGCCACAGAAGAUAGCUACGAAGAUUUAAAACAAGAAAAUGUAACAUUUGAAACAUCCAAUCAAAAUAUUCGUCCUAAUUUAAUACACUCAACCUCUACUUAUAACAACGUCAUAGAAAAUAACUACGAAGAUUUAAGAAAAGAAACUGUAAAAUAUGAAAAUUGUACAUUUAACAACUGUACGUUUAUCGUAAAAAUCAGUGAUUGAAAUAUAAAAUUUUGUUAAUAACGUUUAGAUGUUUGUGUCGUUUAUUAUUGUU